GCAAAUCAGUCAUUACUCGAUCUCUACCGACGACCGUGACUCACACUAGAGGGCCCGAGGAGUGCAUGAAAAGAAAACUCAUCACGAAAGUAACUGUCAAUAUUUCCCUCUUUCAACAUCUUCAUUUAGUAUGAAUUUAGGACAGGAGAAUCCUUUUGGUAACAAGCUGUUGUACGCUGGCUUCAAUCAGGACCAUGGAUGUUUUGCGUGUGGAAUGGAGAAGGGUUUCAGGGUGUAUAACACAGAUCCAUUGAAAGAGAAGGAAAGACAAGAUUUUACUGAUGGAGGUGUGGGACAUGUGGAGAUGUUGUUUAGGUGUAACUACCUUGCCUUGGUUGGAGGUGGGAAGACGCCCAACUACCCCCCAAAUAAAGUGAUGAUAUGGGAUGAUGUCAAGAAGAAACCAGUAAUAGAGCUGGAGUUUACUGGAGAGGUCCAAGCCGUCCGACUCAGACGAGACAGGAUUGUCGUCGUCCUGGAAACCAUGAUCAAAGUCUACACCUUUACUCAAAACCCUCAACAGCUUCAUGUAUUCGAAACAUGGCGUAAUCCCAAAGGUCUGUGUGUCUUGUGCCCAAACAGUAACAAUUCCCUGCUAGCGUUUCCAGCACGUCGUAUGGGUCAUGUUCAGGUCGUUGACCUCGCUAACACCGAGAAGACCCCGAUAGACAUUGCAGCCCAUGACAACGCCUUGAGUUGCUUAACGUUCAACCAUCAAGGAACAAGGCUAGCAUCUGCCUCAGAAAAGGGCACACUUAUAAGGAUAUUUGACACAAGUAAUGGAACUCAACUACAGGAACUAAGGAGGGGAUCAGGAAGUGCCAAUAUCUACUGUAUCAACUUCAACCAAGACUCUUCACUUCUGUGUGUAUCAAGUGACCACGGCACGGUGCAUGUAUUUGGUGCAGAGGAACCACGAAAAAACAAGCAAUCUAGUCUUGCGUCAGCCAGUUUCCUGCCAAAGUAUUUCAGCUCAAAGUGGAGUUUCUCAAAGUUUCAAGUCCCCGAUAAUGCUCAGUGCAUCUGCGCAUUUGGUGCAGACUCCAACUCUGUUAUAGCAAUUUGUGCGGACGGAAGCUAUUUCAAAUUUGUCUUCAACCAAAAAGGAGAGUGCAGUAGGGACGUCUAUGAAAACUUCAUGGAGAUGACUGACGAUAAGAUGUAAAGGUCUGCCACACCCAUAUUAUUCAUUGCCUCCUUAUUAAUCAAGUAUUUCUAUCACACAAUUUUUUAAACCCCGUGUCUGUUUUGAAUGUCUGGUUGUCACAGAGUUUUGGGAAAGCUCCGUUAAAGUUUUGCCGCAUUCACUGGGAAACUAUACAUCUCUUUCACCAGUGGUUGGUUUUACAUUGGGUCAUGAAACUUAAUAAAUGAGCAGUUAAUCUGUCUGGGGCAGUCAGCAGUCUACUGAUUUGUGCAAGAUCCAAUUAAUCUACUAAUUGGUAAAAUAAUUACAUGGAGAAAACAGGUGUAAGUUGUAAGAUGAAAAGGAUGUUUUUAUUCUAGCCACUUUCUUUGACUGAGCUUUCCCGUAUUGCCAUAAGGAAUUCAGGGUUCAAUCACCCUGGGUUUUUGCCUGUGACAAGUCAGCGGGGCCAGUUGCGUCAAUAUUUUACUGGUCAGCCAGUUAUUUCAUUGGUCUAUGCGUGAAAGUUUUCAUUCAACAUUGUUCAACAUUAGGGAAGACGAAGCCACAUGUUAUUACAUCACGCGUACGUUUCGUCAUUUAUGUUGAUAUCCCCGUUUUUAUUUACCGUUUUCUUGUGGGUUCCGCUUUUUCACGGCCACACCUUGAAUACUAGACUCUGCUUUUAAUUUCCAAAUGUUGCACACUUCUUACACACAGAGAAACGCUACUGGGCAUUGAGCUGCACACCGUGCUGUGAUUUUGGCUUGUGAGUUGAGGACUAGACGCGGUGAAUGCUUGUGCUUUGAAGUUUUGUCUUGUAGUUCUCGUGUGAGCUCAAAACGUGUCGUUCUCGUGCGAGAUAAAACGUGUCGUUAUUGUGCGAGCUCAAAUCGUCAAGCUUUGCGUUGUUCAUGAAGAGAGGCACAUACAUGUACAUCAAUUGAUGAAUGGCUCAGUGGUUCAGAAGAGGAAGUAAUAGUUUUGGAGAUAACAAAAUUUUAAGGGAGAUGUAUAACAUUGUUUUCUUACCCAUUAAGUGAACUUCCCAUCAGCCAAAAUCUCUGAAAUCUACUCGGUUUCACUGUGACUCUUAUCAGCUGUUAUCAUCAGUAAAGUAGUUUUAAUAUAAACAUUCACCCUGGAACCCACUACCCCAAGGCCACUGAUGCUGACCCACAGGCCUGAUGCCGGUGUCACAAGUUUUAGAAACAUAUUGGUAUUGCUGAAAUCAAGACAACUGGAAUUACAACUGUUUGUAGCGACAGUUUCAUGUCCUGGGGCAUCAUCGGGCCAGCUGAUUUUGUGGCAGUAAAAGGUUGGUUUCACAAACAAUUAAUAUUGAUGAUUAUACAAAUAUGAAUGGUCUCUAAAGGGUUAAAGGUCAACAAAGGUCAAAGUGGACAAUUCCCCCCACCCCUCAAACCUUUGUCUCUUUAAGUUGUAAAUGCUUAUUCAGUAUUCAUUGCGAAUAAGCCACUUUGCGUGUUAGAUUUGAAUAUUGUUUGGUACAAUGACGCGUUUGAUCACAAGUUACCACUUGAAUUUGAAU